AUGUAUAUGCAUAGCAUUGUACACAGAAUAGAAGCAUUUCUUGACAUCACCUGGCAAGACGCACGAGGAAACUCUGCGCUUAUGUUGGCUGCAGCAGAAAAUCGGAUUCUUCACGUUAAGGGGAUUCUCAUUAUGGCUGUCGAGCGUGGUACUCUUUGGCAGAUUUUGGAUAUGAGGAACGAAGAGGGCUUGACCGCAUUGGAAAUGGCGGUGCGUGCUGGAAGUGACACUUGCGCUAUGCUGAUUACAAAAUUUGCAAGGGAAGCGCAGAAAUCGAGGGUGAGAGAUGCAUUUAUAAUGCUGAGUACUGGAAAUUUAUUAAUGACUAAGGGUUCGUUUAUGGACUGAUG